GGGGGGGGAGAGAGACCAGAUGAGCCUCACCGAACAGCAGCAGGGUCCUAUUUCAAAAACACACACACACUCCUACACACACAUGCAACCCAGCGUUGGUCCGAGCCGCCGGUGGCGCCCCCUCACCACUUCGCCAAGGGACGAAGCCUGCCGAGAGACGACGACGACCAGGAGAAGCCCCCCGCUGCCUUCGCGGCACCAAGAGGAGCAGCAGACGAUAGGAGGAGAAGGAGAGUUGGGGGCUUCUUUUGGGAGGUGCUAGAGGAGGGAGAGAGCAGGGGAGCGAGGGCUGCUGCUGGAGGAAGAAGAGAUUGAGAACAACAUCACACAGCAUCGGAACCACUUGCAGAUGUGGAAGCACCGCCGUUCAAGUUCCCGUCCUGGGUGUUUGGCCCAGUGAUUGUAGCCCAGAGAGGAGGAGGAGGAGGAGGAAGCAGAAGUGGCGCCAUGGGGUUCUGCCUCAGCAAGGAUGUGUGGUGGCUCCUGCCGUUCUUCAGUCUGAUGGUGACGGUCAAUGUGUGGCCCACCCGGGGUCAAGUAUGCCCUCAGCGGUGCGAGUGCAUCGCGAAACUCAAAACCGUCUCCUGCCACGGUAAGCGACUGUCUGCGCUGCCCGACGGUAUCCCACUGGACACCAGGAUCCUGGACCUAAGUGGGAAUAAGCUUCGCUGGGUGGAGCAUGCCGACUUGCUACCCUUUCCGCACGUGGAGAAGCUGGAUCUCGGUGAGAACAUGAUCAGCGUCCUGGAACCGAAUGCUUUUUCUAGUCUCCAGAGCCUGCAGGCGCUUUCGCUGAGGGGUAACCAAUUAAAACUGAUACCCAUGGGGGCUUUCUCACACCUUUCCAACCUCACAUCUCUGGACCUUAGUGGGAAUAAUCUUGUGAUUCUUUUAGACUUCACUUUUCAAGACCUGAAGAGCCUGAGGAACCUGGAAGUUGGAGACAACGAUCUUGUGUAUAUCUCUAACAAGGCCUUUUUGGGUCUGGUGGCAUUGAGAGAGUUGACAAUCGAGAGGUGCAACCUGACUUCUGUAUCCAGUCAGUCUUUGUCAUACCUUCACAACCUGGCAACCCUGCGGCUCCGCUACCUCAGCAUCUCCACUUUAGAGGACCAGAACUUCCGUAAACUGGGAAAUUUGAGGGGCCUGGAGAUUGAUUACUGGCCCUUUUUAGUAUACAUCACCCCCCACAGCCUGCAGGGUCUCAACUUAUCAUGGCUGUCCAUCACACACACCAACAUCACCUCCGUGCCCACCUCGGCCCUACGAAGCCUCUCCCACCUCACUAGGCUCAACCUAUCCUUCAACCCUAUUUCGGUCCUGGAAUCCUGGUCACUGCGAGACUUGCUCCGGCUGAAGGAGCUUCAUCUGGUCAACACCAGGUUGCUGACAGUGCAGCCCUAUGCCCUUGGCGGUCUCCGACAAAUCCGCCUACUCAACCUCUCCACCAACAACUUGGUUACCCUGGAGGAGGGAGCCUUCCAGUCGGUCAACACACUGGAGACACUCCGUUUGGACGGAAACCCUCUGGCCUGCGACUGCCGCUUGCUGUGGAUCCUUCAGCGCAGGAAGACAUUGAAUUUUGACGGAGCUUCCCCUGUGUGCAUGACGCCCGUGGAGGUACAAGGGCGGGCUUUGGGCGCCUUCUCGGACUCAGCCCUCUUUGACCAUUUCACCUGCCAGAAGCCCAAAAUCCGCAACAGGAAACUGCAGCAAAUAUCGGCUCGCGAGGGCCAGGUGGUGUCAUUUGUUUGCAGAGCGGAGGGCGAACCCACGCCGGUGAUCUUUUGGAUAUCUCCGCAGCGGCGUCGCAUCACUACAAAGAGCAACGGCCGCUUGACGGUCUUAAAGGAAGGUACAUUAGAGAUAAGGUAUGCCCAGGUGAUGGACACCGGAACGUACAUCUGCAUUGCCAGUAACGCUGGAGGGAAUGACACAUACUUUGCCACACUCACAGUCAGUGGGCUACCACUAGAUGCCGCCCUAAUGGCCAACCGCACCUACUACGCCGGGGACCUCAAUGACACGAACCUGAAUGACACCAGAGUUUUCCUGAAGUUCACUCUGGACCUGAAGACCAUCCUCAUCUCCACAGCGAUGGGCUGUAUCAUGUUCCUGGGGGUUGUCCUCUUCUGUUUCAUUCUGCUCUUUGUGUGGAGUCGUGGGAGAGGACAGCACAAAAACAAUUUCUCUGUCGAAUACUCUUUCAGAAAGGUGGACGGGCCAGCCACCAGUGGAGGGCAGGGGGGUGCCCGCAAGUUCAACAUGAAGAUGAUUUGAUCC